CUGCCUUGAGCUGUCAUGGAUCCAGGCGGAUGCCGAGAGGUCAUUUCAGAAGUCUGAGACUGAUCCGGAAAGAUGUCGGUGUGCCUGACGGAGGAACAGAAGAGGAAGAUUGAGGAGAACCGGCAGAGGGCGUUGGCGAGGAGGGCGGAGAGACUUGCCGUGCAGAAGAAUGGAACUAACCAGAGCGCUCCGGUCUCUUCCGGUGUCCAGGUGUCGGAGCUCGGAGGGAACGUGCAACCAAACAGGCCGCAAGGCUUUAAUGUUCCAUCAACCAAAGUGCCGGGACAAAAUAAUAGUUUUGAGUUUAACUCUUCAAAAACUGGAAGCAGCCAUUUGCAGUUGAUAGGUGGCACUGGCGGUGGGGUACCCGCACAGACCUCGGUUGGCACUGCCCAAAGUUAUUCCUUUGAUGCAAGGACAGAGGCACAGCCUCCUUGUCAGAAUGCACCCGCGCCCUUACCCGCAAAAGUGGACUCUGCAGCCGAGCAAUGCUUUCAGCCUAAGAGCAUCGGCACUAUGGCAGCUCCAAACCCAAGCCACGAGCCACCCAAACUCAAUCCGUACAAGUCUUCAGACGCACCUCUGGGUGCUGGGAAAGAUGGCACGGGACCUGAAAAGAGUACCAGUAACGUGUCUCAGUUUUACGGCACCAGCUCCAAAUAUGUUUCCGCUGCCGAGAACAAGAGCGCUACAGAUGGGCGAGAGAAGGCAGGCGGCGGCGGCGGCAUCUCGGAUACGGCUCAGAACAAGAAACCAGCGACGGCCGCAAAAGGAAGGUGCAUUAAACAUGCUGAAGAUCGUUUCCGGGUUGAAGUGGGUUACAACGCAGAGCUCAUUGCUUUGUUUAAAACGAUCCCCAGCAAAAGUUACGAUCCUGCCACCAAGAUGUGGAGCUUUGGCCUGGAAGAUUACACCAACCUCAUGAGUGAAGUCCAGCGAAUUCAGAACGUGUCUUUAAAACCCGUAGAAGGGAUGGAGGAUGUGGAGAUCCCGGCACUGUCGAAAUCGUCCAGCGGGGGCGCCGUUAUUAACACUCUUCUGGCCAUGUGCAAAAACUGGCAGAGACCUUCUGCCACCGUGAAAGGCCAUUGCCUGAUAAUUUCCCGCUCUCGGUUUGAAGUGGAGAUUGGAUACCACGUGGAAGUCAUCAGUCUUUUUAAGCAGAUGAGCUCUCGGAAUUAUGAUACAAAGACCAGGAAGUGGAGCUUUUUGUUGGAGGACUACCAAAAUCUGAUUGAAGCCAUUUCCCGCAUCCAGCAAGUGGAAGUGGAGCCUCUCCCCAGAUGUGUAGUGCAGGCCUUCGCGCCUCAGUUUGAGAAGACGUCCUUAAGUCGCGCCGAGAUCCCCGAUGUGGACCUGUCUUCUGUGGAUUCCAAACUCGUCAGCAGCUUGAUGCCGUUCCAGAGGGAGGGAGUCAGCUUUGCCAUUUCCCGGGAAGGCCGCCUACUCCUGGCUGAUGACAUGGGCUUGGGGAAGACGAUACAAGCCAUCUGCAUCGCGGCUUAUUAUAGGAAGGAGUGGCCGCUGCUGGUCGUGGCUCCAUCGUCUGUCAGAUUCACCUGGGCCGAGGCUUUCCACAGGUGGUUGCCGUCUAUCAGAGCAGACAGCAUCAAUGUCAUCGUGACCGGACGGGACAGCCAAUCAGUCAGCCUCAUCAAUAUCGUCAGCUACGACCUUCUGGGGAAGAUGGACAAACAUAUUACUGCGAACUUCAAAGUGAUUAUCAUCGAUGAAUCCCAUUUCCUGAAGAAUGUGAAGACCGCGCGCUGUAAGUCUGCAAUGCCUCUGCUUAAGAGCGCGAAGAGAGUCCUCUUACUGUCCGGCACUCCCGCCAUGUCCAGACCUGCAGAACUGUACACGCAGAUCGCAGCUGUCAGACCCAACUUCUUUCCGCGCUUCCAUGACUUUGGUCACCGCUACUGCGAUGCCAAACAGAUGCCGUGGGGGUGGGAUUACUCGGGAUCCUGCAACCUGGGCGAGCUGAAGCUGCUGCUGGAGGAGUCCAUAAUGAUCAGAAGGCUGAAGUCUGAAGUUCUGUCCCAGCUGCCCUCCAAACAGCGCAAGAUGGUGGUCAUCGCUCCCGAAGGCAUCAACGCCAAGACCAAGGCUGUGCUGGCGGCAGCGGCUAAGGAGAUGGCGCAAGGCUUCAAGAGUAAAGUACAAGAGAAAGAAGCGCUCCUCCAAUUCUACAACAGGACUGCAGAAGCCAAAAUCCGCUGUGUUAUAGAAUACAUCAUGGAUCUUCUAGAAAGUGGGAGAGAAAAGUUCUUGGUGUUCGCGCACCACAAGCUGGUCUUGGACAGUGUUUGUGAAGAGCUGGGGAAAAAGGGUGUGGGGUUUAUUCGUAUUGAUGGAAACACCUCAUCGGCCGACCGCCAGUCACACUGCCAGAAGUUUCAGCUCUCGGACAAGAUCAACGUUGCCGUUUUAUCCAUUACGGCUGCCAACAUGGGGCUGACUCUGUCAUCGGCUGACUUGGUGGUGUUUGCGGAGUUAUUUUGGAACCCGGGGGUUCUCAUUCAAGCAGAAGAUCGAGUCCACCGAAUAGGACAGACGAGCUCCGUGAAUAUUCACUACCUGGUGGCGAAGGGAACAGCCGAUGACUAUUUGUGGCCGAUGAUUCAAGAGAAGAUCAGGAUUCUGGGCCAGGCAGGGCUGUCAGAGACCAACUUUUCCGAAAUGACGGAAUCAGCCAACUAUAUUUAUAAGGAUCCAAAGCAGCAAACCAUCUACGACCUGUUCCAGCGCUCUUUCUCGCAGGACGGGGGGGCGGAUGACGCGGAUGAAGCGCUCUUACUCCAGGCGUGCGAGGAAGUGGACUCGGGAGCGCUGUGUGAAAGUGCGCCGAAGAAAAGGAAGAUUGAGGAUUUCUUCUGAAGCCGACCGAUCGGAGUUGUCGCUCUUAUGUACAGUGUUGUUUGUACGAAGAAUGUUUUAUAUCGUAGAAUAUUUGUUCUAAUAUGUCAGAAUUAAAGCCGGAAGUUUA